AUGGCCACUCCAUCUACGCAGGAGCUUCUCGCCCUGGAUGCGGGUGAGUUCAGAAUACGCAUCGAGAAUGGCGAACUCAGCAUUGCCGGCCUCAUCUCGGCCAUCAUCCAGCACGUCAAGCAGCAGAACAAGGACGGUUUGCGCCUCAGAGCGGUCCUCUACCCGGCCCCCGAGGAUGUGCUCGUAGAACAAGCAAAACAGCAGGAUGCACAACACCGCGAAGGCCGUGCCGCCCUUGGUCUGUUGCAUGGCAUACCCGUGGUGCUCAAGGACUGCAUCGCCACCGCACCAGCCUUGGGCAUGAAAACCAGCGCUGGCAGCUAUGCCUUGCAGGAAGCCAAAAUCGCCGCCAAUGCCCCGAUCGUCGAAAGGCUCCUGGCGGCCGGCGCCAUCAUCAUUGGCAAGAGCAACCUGAGCGAGUUCUGUGCCUACAAGGGCGAGGGCCUCAUCGACGGCUAUUCCCCGGUGGGCGGGCAGACAAAGUCGCCUUAUAUACGUGGAGACAUCAAUCUGGAUGAAGGCGACCUGUCGCCCUCGAGCCCCGGUGGCUCGUCGACCGGAAGUGCCGUCAGCGUCUCUGCUGGUUUUUCGCUCGUCGGAAUUGGCACUGAGAACGACGGGUCUAUCGUGCAGCCUGCCUCGAGGCAAGCCUUGUUUGCCUUGAAGCCGACCCUAGGUCUCAUUACUGCGGAGGGCUGUUGGCGGGUGGCGGCGUCGUGCGACACGCCCGGGGCUAUGGCUAGGUCUGUUCGAGACGUUGCGCUAGCAACAGAAGCCAUGCUAGAUGAGAGCACUCGGGCCAAACUACCAGAGGGCGGGUAUGGCUCUUUCCUGAAUGCUUCUUUCGACGGUAUGCGGAUUGGGUUCGUCGAUCCGGCUCUCUGGCGCUUCCCGCCUGACUUGUGGGUUCCAAGCGAUGACGCCAAGGAACAGCACGACAAAGCCUAUCGGUCAGCAAUGAAGCGUGUGGAAGAACUGGGUGCAAAGGUCGUUUACCCCGUGAGCUUGCCAUCGUACAAGGAGCUGGAGGUCAAUGCUUUUGAAAACGUGCAGGCCGCUCAAGACUUCUUCGACGGCUAUGUUGAUGCCAAAUCAAAAAUACGCAGUCUUGCUGACGUCAUACAAUACAACAAGGAUCAUGCAGACCAGAGUCUGCCCAAAAGUGAGUAG